AUGGCCGCUGCCACCGCCGCCGCCGCGCUCGCCUCCCCGGCGGCCAUCCGCGCAUCGCCGGUGCGUCGCGGCCUCGUCAGCUUCGCCCCUGCGCUCCACUCCGGCCCCGACCGCAGCUCCCGCGCCGUCGCCCUCCCCGGUGUAAGAACUCAUGUUGCGGCUGUUGAUGAAGCCAUUGUACAAGGUGAGACAAAGUUGGAAGGUCCUGUGGUUGUUGUUACUGGUGCUUCCAGGGGUAUUGGGAAAGCCACUGCAUUGGCUCUUGGAAAAGCAGGCUGCAAGGUCUUGGUGAAUUAUGCCCGAUCUUCAAAGGAGGCUGAAGAAGUCUCAGAGGAGAUUGAAGCAUCCGGAGGCCAGGCUAUUACCUUUGGAGGAGAUGUUUCCAAAGAGGCUGAUGUUGAAUCUAUGAUAAAAACGGCUGUUGAUACAUGGGGAACGAUUGAUGUACUAGUAAAUAAUGCAGGAAUCACACGGGACACACUGUUGAUGAGAAUGAAGAAAUCGCAGUGGCAAGAUGUGAUUGAUUUGAAUCUUACAGGUGUUUUCCUUUGCACGCAGGCUGCAACAAAAGUAAUGAUGAAGAAGAAAAAGGGAAGAAUUAUCAACAUAGCAUCGGUUGUUGGUCUAACUGGCAAACGUUAUUGCCCUGGCUUUAUUGCAUCAGAUAUGACUGCUGAACUUGGUGAAGAGCUAGAGAAGAAAAUUCUGUCAGCUAUUCCCUUAGGGCGAUAUGGUCGGCCAGAAGAUGUAGCAGGUCUGGUGGAAUUCCUAGCCCUCAGCCCUGCUGCAAGCUACAUCACAGGACAGGUCCUCACCAUCGAUGGAGGAAUGGUUCCAGCUCCAGCCAUGUUUUGGUCAUUUGCAUCUCUUAUUGGCACGCUCUUUCCAUAA